AUGCGGACAGACGACCUAGAGCGCGGGGCCGCUAGUCGUGUGUAUGUGCAGAUGCGUGUGUCUGCACAGAUGGAAGGGCUUGCUGAUAACUGGGUUUCGUUUCUCGAAACCUCGGGCCACAGUAAGGGCGGGACAGGGGCGGAAGGUGGGGGGAAGGUGGGGGGAAGGCGGAGGAGGACUGGAGGCAGCCCUAAGCAGGAUGAGACGCGGGGGCGGGCGCGAGCGUCGGGCUCCUGCGCACCAGAGGCUUCGAGAGUCCGGGAGCGCGGUGGGGCCGGCGCGCGUCACCGAGCAGACAGCCGGCGGGCCAGCAGCCAAUCGCCGAGGUCGGGGCGGGCCCGGAGCGCGGCUCGUGGAGCCCGGCCCAGUCGAAAGCCCGGCCGCCCAGUUGUGGUGUGGCUUGCUGCGCAGCGCAGCGCACCGCGACAUAUAACCUGGAAGAGAAGCGGAGACGACCAAGCACGUUCCUCUCAGCCCUCUAAACUUUGCGCUUUCAGACGCUGCGGGAUGCUGAGGUGGGACCAGCGGGGGAACGCCUGGAAAACUAAUACAACCUCUCCAAAGGCCCUGAGCAACCGCGGCCACCCCAGUCUGAGAGAACAGUGCGCCCCCUCUAAGGUGGGGGAACCCCCGACCUAAUCGCGGGAGCUGUGUGACUCGGAGGUUGAGGGGUAAAGUGCGGGGGUGUCAACCUCAGAGCAUCCAGCUGCGUUACCACGCCGCCCCCUGCCGGUGCCCUGCGGAGCUGGCUGUGUCCCCAAAUGGAGAAACCCGACCAGACCUGUGGCAGAGGCCAGCCUCCUCUAGCACAGCGCAUGAACACUGUGGGGGCUGGAUGAAGGGAACCUGGAACAAUUACACUAAUUGUGCUGAUUAUGCCAGAAGUUCUUCCUGUUUUGACAUCUGGAUGAAAUGCUUGCCGUUUUAAUGUCGAAAGUCCUAUGGACCAGACUGUUUUCCUUACUCCAAACAUAAGAGCUGUUCAAAAGUUGCAUUCAUUUAGCAAAAUGUAAAUUAUGAAUACACAUAUAUUUUUAAAAACUACCAAGUGUGAAUAAGUAAACUGUAAUAUUUAUAUUACAAUUUUUUUCCUUCUGUAUAUUUGUGCUGGAAGAUGUUGAACCCCUCCAAAGAAAUGGUGAUGUUUAUUUUGCAGAACUUCUGAAGCUUUGUGAAGGAUGCAACAAGGAAAUAUAGUAAAGUAUUCUUCUUUUGUAAAAGAAAUUUGGCCCAAAAUGUGUGUGUAUCUUGUGAAAAAUAAGGCAAUAUUUUAUGAGUUUUUCAACUCAUCUUGAUGUAUUUUUCAGACACUUCUUAUCAUGUACCUAUUUUGGUACAUUUAUGUGUUACUGAUAGUUCAUCUCUUUUUUAUGGGCAUUUAACGUUUCUAAGAUAUAUUUAAAAAAUGGUAUAUGACCAUUGCAUUACUAAUCAGUUUUCUCUUGCUAUAAUAAAAUGCCUGCGGCUGGAACUUUAUACCAAAAAGAUGUAUUUAUAUCACAGUUUUGGAGGCUGAAAUUCCAGGAUUGGGCAGCCCCAUCAGUUGGCCUCUAGUGAGAGCACCCCUUGGCAUGUCUUAAGAUGGCAUAUGGCAUCAUGGAAGCAGGAAUGCAUUCAGAAGAUAAAACAUGGCAAGACAGGAACCAAGAGAGAUUCAAGAGCCAGGCUUGCUCUUACUAUAACAACUGCCACUCAAGAGAACUAACUCAUUCUGUGAGACCAGCAUUACUCCCUUCCUAGGAUGAUUCUCCUGUGACCUAAUUGCAUUCUUCUGUGCCCCACUUGAAGGUACCACCACUUCACCACCACCAUACCAGGGACUAAACUUCCAGCAAUUGAAUCUUUGUGGGGGGGAGGGGGACACUCAAACCAUAUCCAACCCCAGUACGAAGUAAACUAGCACCAUUUUUUAUAUACUACAUUCAGAAAAUGUAUAAAUUGGAGGAAGCCACAGAGAAGCAUUUAUCUAUCUAUCUAUCUCUCUGUGUGUGUAUAUAUAACAUUAAUUAAAUGAUGCAUUAUCUUUUUCUUUCAUGAACUUUUUAACAGUAUUUCUACCAUCACAUUGUUUUUCAAGUCUUUUCCUACUUAUCUGCUUCCUUCAAAAUCAUCUGCUACCAAAGAAAUAAAAAAUUAAAUAGUAUAA